AUGGAUCAGAAAGAAGGAAACUCUGCGCAGCUUCUUACAGCAAAAGGAGAAAUUGAAGGGGAGGAUCUUUACAGGAUUGACAAUGAAUGGAAUGAGAUAGAAGUAUAUAUUUCAAAAGAUGAACUAGGAGAAGAGGAUAACAAUAUAGGGAAGGACAGAAAAGGAUUAGAAAAUGAAGGGGAUGGUGUAACUCUAUUAGAGGAAGGAGAAGACAAAAUGGACAUGGAUGGCAUGCAGAGUAAGAAGGAAGGUCAUGAAAACCAGAAGAAUGGAAAAUUAAUAGGAGAAAAUGGAGAAGAAAGAGUAGAGAACAAAGAUGAUAUAAAAGAAGAAGUGUACACAAUAGAAGAUGAAAAAGAAGAAGGGGGAGAAGGAAGGAGAGGAACAGAUAGUUCUAUUCUCAUCCCGGAGUGGUUGUUUGAACAACCAAACGUCCGUCAAGAUGAUGCAACACGAGGAGCAAGUGGUUCAUCAUCAUCGGAAGAUAAGAUGGAGUCUCCUCGAUGUCGAUGCUGCCCCUCUUGGCAUCCUUGGUUCUUUAUCGGUCUCGGUUGGUUACCCAUCUUGGUCGGCAUUUUCCUUUCUCUCAGUAUCGUCAUACCGUAUUGCAUUGCUGUAGGCUUGAAACAUGUAUCACCGGGAUUUCCCUACAUCAGUGACUCAGGUACAGUCCCACCAGAAAGCUGUAUAUUUGGACAAUUAUUAAACAUGGCAGCUGGGUUAGGGCUUGCGGGUAUAUACGUGAGAUACAAGCAAGUGAUACUGUAUUCAGAUGACUAUGAUUCUAAACGGGGUAGAAUGCUGCAGAUUAACAAAAUAAGCCUGGUUCUUGGGAUCAUAGCCUGCUUUGGUAUGUCUGUGGUGGCUAAUUUUCAGGUUGGGAAUGUAAUGCCAGUCCAUUUUAGUGGUGCCUUUCUUCUGUUUGCUCCCGGAGCAGUGUACGGUUUCCUGCAGGCAUGGCUGUCGUACAAGAUGUACCCUCGACACGCCUCCAUCCUCGUCUGUCACAUCCGUCUCAUCCUCUCAGUAAUCAUCGCAAUCUUCUUUACACUGUGUACAAUUUUUACUUUGAUUGCUCAGGAGCUGACACAUCAAUCAGGAUCUAUCCUUCAUUGGGCACCUGAAGAUGGGGGCUACCGUGAACACAUAGUAGCCACCGUUUCUGAGUGGGUUGUGGCAAUCGCCUUUCUCUUGUACUACUUCACAUUCAUCAGAGAAUUCCAGACGAUCACCAUCAAGGCCGAGCUCAAGCAUCAUCUCGUCUACGAUGCCCUCGUCGAAGCAAAUAGCUAUCCACCGGUGGCCAACUACGACAACAGCUUCAGCGGGGCUUUGUAAUGGUAUUCUGUCAAUUUGUCUAUAGCCACUUGGUCUAAUUAGUCCCGUCUUACAAAGAGUUACGAUUGAUCCGAUCAAUCUCAUCUGUUUGGAAAUCCAUCAAUGUCAUAUUUUCUACAGGAAGCCUGUAGUCACGUGGUUUAAUUGGCCCUGUCUCAGAGCUGCCAACCAGUACAUUUUUUUAUUUUUUUAUAAAAUUGUAAUUUAUUGAGAAAAAUCAUCUCUAUAUGUUUCUAUUUUAUAAGACUUACACAAAUAUCGAUAUUGGAUCAAUGUAAUUUCAGGUAACUUGUUUUUUUUCAAGCAUUUUGUUAAAACCAUGGUGAGAUAUACACAUAUGUUUCAGUGUUUUUUUUUUCAUCUGCAAUAGCAGUGCGCAUUUUAGCUUGCAUGCAGCUUGAGCGCUGCGAUAAGCGCGCGCGCCAUGCAUUUUAUUAUGAAAUACAUUUUUUUUUUAAUACAUUUUUUUUAAUAACAGAAUACAAUUUUUUAUUCCCAGA